AUGGUAGACAGAGACUCCGGCACACCUACCUGGAAGUUCACACAGUGCUUCGGUGACAAAGGUGAUGUAGAGGAUAUCACAGAAGCUGAUAUUAUCUCGACGGUUGAGUUUGACCACACGGGUAAUUACCUGGCCACCGGUGACAAGGGUGGACGUGUGGUUCUGUUUGAGCGAAAUGAAACAAAAAAAACAUGCGAAUACAAGUUCCACACCGAAUUCCAAUCACACGAGCCCGAGUUCGAUUACCUCAAAUCUCUAGAGAUCGAAGAGAAAAUCAACAAGAUCAAGUGGUGCCGUCGGCAGAAUGCCUCACACUUCUUGCUGUCGACGAACGAUAAAACUAUCAAGCUAUGGAAGGUGUUUGAUAAGUCUCUCAAGGUGGUGGCUGAGAACAACCUGUCGAAUGAGUUGACUCCGGCCGGUGCAGCGGGCGGCGGAGGCAUUCCGCGCGCGCCCCGGGGCACUUUCAAGAGUGCCGGAUCGCUCAAGAUGCCCCGACUGACACAUCAUGACACCGUCGUCGCUGCUGUCCCGCGCAGGACCUACGCCAAUGCGCACGCUUAUCACAUCAAUAGCAUCUCCGUGAAUAGCGAUGGCGAGACCUUCAUCAGCAGUGACGACCUUCGCGUGAACUUGUGGAACCUCAACAUUCAAGACCAGAGCUUCAACAUUGUCGAUAUCAAGCCCGCCAACAUGGAGGAGCUGACCGAGGUUAUUACCGCCGCUGAAUUCCACCCCGUCAGCUGUAACUGGUUCAUGUAUGCCAGCUCCAAGGGUACCAUUAAGCUGGCCGAUAUGCGCCAGCGUGCCCUUUGCGAUGAGCACGCGAAACUGUUUGAACAAGAAGAAGACGCUUCCUCCCGCUCGUUCUUCUCCGAAAUCAUUUCAUCCAUCUCUGAUGUUCGAUUCUCCCAUGACGGGCGGUACAUUGUGUCCCGCGACUAUCUCACCGUGAAGAUUUGGGAUGUCAACAUGGAGCGCCAGCCAGUGAAGACAAUUCCAAUCCACGAACACUUGCGGCCUCGCCUCUGUGACACAUACGAGAACGAUAGCAUAUUCGACAAAUUCGAGGUGGUCUUCUCUGGCGACGCAGAAAAUGUCAUGACGGGCAGCUACAACAACAAUUUCAUGAUCUACCCCACCGAAGAACAGAAAGAGACCGAGAUUGUGCUACAGGCAGACAAGUCCGCCUUCAAGGCCAAGAAGGUCGGAGUGCCGACCCCCAUGAACAAGAACGGGAAGAAGGCCGGUUCAAGAUCCGGCAGCCCCGCCGGCCCCGGAAGCCGCAUGAAGAAAGAGACCGACGCCGACCAAAUUGACUUCAACAAGAAGAUCCUGCACAUGAGCUGGCAUCCCUUUGAGGACAGCAUUGCCAUCGCAGCCACCAACAAUGUGAGUUUUGUCUCUGUCUGA